CGGUACUGCACCGUGCAUGGCCUACUGCAGCUCCAGCUUUAACUGGUGGAGGCAAGAAUGACACCGGCGCUCCCCUGCAUGAAGACAACCUGAUCGUAAGGAUUUAUUUCAUUUCUAGAUUCAGAAAUACCACAAUGAUGGCGCUUAUCAUUGCACCUUUACGGACACGCUUUGUCGCGGCUGCAUUCACAUUCAUUGCACUAUGGGGAUGUGCGCUCUCCAUCACUCGGUACUCUAUACCGGAGGAGAUGGAAGAGGGCUCCUUUGUUGCCAAUCUGGCUACAGAUUUGGGUCUGGAUGUUCGCAGUUUGGUGGAGCGCAGAGCCAAGCUCGAUGUCAUUCACAGCAAAAAUUACCUUGACAUCAACAAAGAAACGGGGGAGCUCGUAAUCCGCGAGAAGAUAGACCGGGAGAGUAUAUGCAUGACUAAAACAACCUCGUGCUUUCUGAAAAUGGAUGUCAUACUUGAAAACCCCAUUCGUAUAUUUAACAUCGAGUUAGAAAUCAUGGACAUCAACGAUAACGCGCCCGUGUUCCGCAGAAAGACAAUGCAAUUGGACAUAUCCGAGGCAACCCCUCCCGGUGAGAGAUUUUCAUUGACAAAUGCUGUGGAUGCGGAUGUGGGGGCGAACUCAAUCAAGACCUACUAUCUUAGCGAAAGCAAAUACUUCAACAUUGAUAUACAAACUGGCAGCGAUGGCUCCAAAUAUGUCGAUUUAGUGCUGAACGGCCAGUUGAACCGGGAGGAGCAUUCAAUUCAUAAUUUGAUUUUAACAGCUGUGGAUGGAGGGGUGCCUCCCCGCUCCGGCACAGCCAGCAUCGUUAUUAAUGUCUUGGAUAUCAAUGACAACGCCCCCCUGUUCAGUCAGCCUGUGUAUGCAGUCAAUGUAUCAGAGAACUCAGCUGCAGGGACAGUGGUCAUGACCUUAAACGCAACAGACUUGGAUGAAGGCACGAAUGCCGAGCUGAUAUAUUCAUACACUCUGUACACCUCAGAGAAGACUCAAGAGCUCUUCUCGCUUGAUCCAAACUCAGGUGAGAUCAAGGUGAAGGGGGUGAUCGACUAUGAGGAGAGCCAGAGCUUUGAGAUGCACAUACAGGCUCAGGACAGAGGUGCGAAUCCAAAGUCUGGACACUGUAAAGUGACAGUAUUCGUCACAGAUCUGAAUGAUAACUACCCUGAGGUGACCAUCAAGUCUGUGAAAAGUUCACUCACUGAGGACGUUGCUGUAGGGACACUGAUUGCGGUGGUCAGCGUCAGUGACAGAGACUCUGGGGUUAACGGGCAAGUAGAACUCACUUUGAAUCGCCAAGAGUCUUUACCAUUCCUCCUGAACAAAUCCUCAGAGGGUUACUUUGAGCUCCUGGUGUCAAAGCCACUAGACAGAGAGAUCAUAAGCAAAUAUGACAUCACACUUAGAGUGACAGACAAAGGUUCGCCGCCAUUAUCUGAGAAUGAAACCAUCACCUUAGAGAUUCUGGAUGUCAAUGACAAUGCACCCACGUUCCCCCAGUCCUUCUACACAAUCCACGUUGUGGAGAAUAAUCUACCAGGGGCAUUAUUGACUUCUCUUAGUGCAUUUGAUCCAGAUCUCAACGAGAACCAGUAUUUAGUUUAUUUCAUAAUGGAGAAGGAGAUUGUUAACACAUCAAUGUCAAUGUUGUUCUCCAUCAACCCUGAGAAUGGCGAUCUUUAUGCCCUGAAGACCUUUGACUAUGAGCGAGAGAGGGAUUUCCUCUUCCACAUCGAGGCGAGAGACUCUGGCGUUCCCCCGCUGAGCAGCAACGUGACAGUUCACAUCAUCAUCCUGGACCAAAAUGACAACACUCCUCUAAUAGUGUCACCUUGGAGGGCGCAAGGCUCUGUCGUAGAGGAGGUGAUACCGAGGUCCACGGAUAAGGGGCACUUGAUCGCCAAAGUGAUCGCCAUUGAUGCAGAUUCAGAGCAGAACGCCCGGGUCACGUAUCAGCUCCUGCAGAUCAGCGAUGCAAGCCUCUUCAGUCUGGAUCAGUACAACGGGGAAAUCCGGACGACGAGGAUGUUCAGUUACAGAGACCCAAGACAACAGCGGCUGGUAAUUGUCGCAAAAGACAACGGCGAGCCAGCUCUGUCUGCUACUGUCACCAUCAAGAUAUCAACGGUGGAGCACGUCAUGUCCUUUUCAGAGACCACAGACCUGCCACUAGAGUAUGACGUCUUCACAGACCUGAACCUGUACUUAGUCAUCGGUUUAGGGGCCGUGUCCUUUCUGCUCCUGAUAACCAUCUUGGUUAUUAUUGUGCUGAAGUGUCAAAAACCAAAGCCGAAGGCCAUCAAGAUCCCCCCGGCUAACCGAAACAGCGUGAUCAGCAGGAACAGCGUGAUCAGCCAGAGGAGCUCCACCAUUGCAGAUUCCACCCUGAUCUCCAGCGAUGCCUACUGGUACAGUUUGUUCCUCGCAGAGACCAGGAAGGGCAAAGUAGUCGUGAGACAGCCGAUAAUCCCCAAAGGAGCUGGGUAUUUUGUUUCCAGUAUACCCAGGAGCAUAGGGCCGAGUGAGACCACAGACUCCAGAGCAUCUACACUGGAGUACUCAAAAUGAAAGGAAGUCCAUUCUACAACUGGAGCAGGAACCCAGAAGAGAACUGCCAUGAUAUAAUCAUCUCCUCAUGGCAGUCUCUGGCUGGAAUUCUUCCCUGUGACUCACAAAGAAGAUGCAAAACAUCUGUUCUCCCUCAGUCCCUCUGCUCCAACUCCUUCUUUCUCUCUAGCUCCUCCAGUCCUGCGUACAAUCAUCGACCACUGACCACCUCAGCUUUAUACCUACUUUUCUCUCUUAAAGCAUGGAUCUGCAUGGUUCUACAACAUGUUCAAAAUAUUUGGACUUAGAUUUGAAAUCAUUUAUUGCAGGAUAUUUGGACAUCUCUAGAGUUGCCUCAUGUAGUGAAAUCAUCCCCCAUUCUUAACGCUUUGAAACUCCUCAGUGGACAUAUUUGCCUUCUCUCCAGGGUUUACGCCGUGUGCUGUAGUUCUACAAACCAUCACCAUAUAUGUAAGCUGCCAUUGACCUUUUUUAAGCAAGAGUUCCAAACACGCCUAUUCACAAAUACGCAUACGAAUCAGGGUGAUUAUGAUUCUUCCGUAAGUAAUACUGAACUGUAGCUGGUUACAUCAUUGAUUCAGGCUUUGCACUUGAUGUUUAUGUUUUUGGAAUAAUAAUUUUUACUGUAUAAUGAGUCUUGCUGUUCAGCAAGGGUCACUCUGUCAACUAGCAACUUAAUGAUAAAAUAAUGAU